ACUGGAUGGGCGACUACUUCGGGCGCCGUGUUCCGACUGCGGUUGGUGCUCUCAUCAUCAUUGUCGGUGCUCUUGUCGAGCUGUUCUCCUCGACUCUAUCCAUGUUCAUUGGUGGCAAGGUUGUUAUCGGCCUCGGAUCGACCAUGGUGCAACUAGGCGCGCCAGUGCUGGUCACUGAACUUACUCAUCCCAAAGAAAGAGCCAAGGUCACGACUGUCUACAACACUGGAGUCUAUCUGGGAUACGUUAUCGGAGCUUGGGUCACGUUUGGCUGCAUCAAGAUCAACACCGACUGGCAAUGGAAGCUCCCAACACUGUUACAGGUCAUACCGUCAGUGUAUCAGCUCACCCUAUUAUGGUUUUGUCCUGAGUCACCUCGUUGGCUGAUCGCAAAGGGCAAAGAAGAUCAAGCAAGAGCCAUUCUGGUCAAAUACCACGGCGAAUGUGACCCCAACUCCGAAUUGGUUGGUAUCGAGAUGUCUGAAAUCAUCGAAGCACAAGCAAGGGAAGCCGCAGCGAACGUGUCAUGGGCUGCCUUCUUCUCAAGCAAGGCUAACUGGAGACGCAUAUUUCUGUGUACAUGCGUAGCAACUUUCUCUCAAACCACUGGCAACUUACUCGUUUCCAACUAUCUUGCAAAGAUCCUAAAAGACACCGGACUCGAUUCCACUUUUGACAGCACCCUCAUCAACGGCAUGUCUACUCUCUGGUCAUACAUCUGCUCGUUGGCGGUAGCAGGUUUUGUGGACAGAUUCAACAGACGGACCUUUUUCCUCACAGGCUCUAUUGGCUCACUGGUUGUCUUCGUCGCAUGGACUAUCGCCGCCCAACAGUAUGUCGAUGAGGGCUCGAUCGCUGCAGGCCGCUUCAUCGUCGCUUGUAUCUUUCUUUUCCAGGCUUUCUAUACCAUCGGAUGGCUCAACUUCGUAGUGACCUAUCCCCUUGAGAUUGUUACAUAUCAGAUGCGAGCCAAAGCUUGGUCCUAUGUUCUUUUGGUCAUCCAAGCUUCUCAGAUCUUUGGUAACUAUGUCAACCCCGUUGCGCUGGAAAACAUUGGCUGGCACUGGUACAUCUACUACUGUGUCUGGAUUGCUUGCAUCGUCGCGAUUGUGUACUUCUUCUUUGUGGAAACCAGAGGUCCGACACUUGAGGAAAUUGCUGUUAUUUUCGAUGGACCGAACGCUUAUCCUUCUGCUGAGAAGCAUUCCUUUUUGAACGGCACAGAAAAGGCUACCCAUCUAGAGUUGUCGCAUGUAGAAAAGGUUUGAGCUUUGUGCACUAUAGCGCGGCAAUUCGUGCCGUCCGAGUCGUAGAGCCUAUGACCAGCCUUAUAGUGGAGAUAACUUGAAAGAAUCGUAUCAUAUGUCAUUAACUUAGGGGUCCUGUUACUGUCCGCCGUGCCACAAUGAUCUUUGCAGGUUCUCCUGGUUCGGUUUAGUCCGACAGACCCACAAACAACAGAAUUUUUGAAUUUGGUGCUUAAAACACUGCAAUGAACCCCUAUCGUUUCCUGGCGAGUUCAUCAAUCGAGCUUGCCUAUAUCAACAAGCUCAUCAGUGC